AUUCAUCCGACGAACCCUGCCAUUCUCCACUCCGCUCUCAAACCUCCCCGCUCUCCCUCUUCCCUCCCACCUCGCUCUGCUUACUCCCCUGCUCUUCUCUGCUCCUCGUCGUCCUCCAGAUUCUUCGAAUCAUCCACGUUCAUCCGCACUUGAUCUGCUGCUCUUAGCGUUCUUGAUUCGGAGGGCAGUGAUUUUUGUUCAGGCUGGAUCGUCUUGGUCAGCCUUGGAGACUUGGAGUUGUUUGACUUGACCGGGAGGGAGAAGGGAGGAGCUUGCUGUGUUGUUGGAUCGGCGGCGAUGCCGGACUCCGACAACGAGUCCGGCGGGCCGAGCAACGCGGAGUUCUCGUCGCCGCGGGAGCAGGACCGGUUCCUGCCGAUCGCGAACGUGAGCCGGAUCAUGAAGAAGGCGCUCCCGGCGAACGCCAAGAUCUCCAAGGACGCCAAGGAGACGGUGCAGGAGUGCGUCUCCGAGUUCAUCUCCUUCAUCACCGGCGAGGCCUCCGACAAGUGCCAGCGCGAGAAGCGCAAGACCAUCAACGGCGACGACCUCCUCUGGGCCAUGACCACGCUCGGCUUCGAGGACUACAUCGAGCCGCUCAAGCUCUACCUCCACAAGUUCCGCGAGCUCGAGGGCGAGAAGCUGGCCACCGGCGCCGCGGGCUCCUCCGGCUCCGGCUCCGCCUUGCAGCCGCAGAGGGAGACCACGCCGUCCGCGCACAAUGGCGCCGGCGGGGCCGUCGGCUACGGCAUGUACGGCGCCGGCGCAGGCGGAGGCAGCGGCAUGAUCAUGAUGAUGGGGCAGCCGAUGUACGGCUCCCCACCGGGCGCGUCAGGGUACCCGCAGCCCCCGCACCACCAGAUGGUGAUGGGCGCGAAAGGCGGCUCGUACGGCCACGGCGGCGGCGGCUCGUCGUCGCCGUCGGGGCUCGGCAGGCAGGACAGGCUAUGAGGCAUGACCGCUCCGUGUGGCUGCAUGGCUGAAGAGGUCGGCCGGCUUCUUGGUUGGUGUCGGCAAUUGGUGCCGGCCUGCUGGUUAAGUUAACCUUCGUUUUUCUUUUUCGUGGUUUAUAAUAUAAUGUCGUGCUAAAUGAAGCCAGUGAUAUGGUAGCUGCUUAACCUCUUGGUAAUCCCAUGGUUUGUUCCUUGCUCCUGCUGAACUGAGCUACGGCGAGCAGCUUUGUAGCCUUGUACUACUGCUACAGAAAUGGUGCCAUGGACAAUUUGACAUGGUAUAAUGUAGUACUUAGUGUGCUAUGACUCUGGUAACAACUGACAGUGACAUUUUCUUUUUUCUUUUU